AGCGCCAAGGGGAGGAGGCCGCGGCGAGUAGAGGGAGUGUGCGAGCAUCCUCGAGACAAAGCGCAUCCAGAUCCAAAGAUAAGAAGAAACUUGCUGAUAUAUCGGUUGGUCAAGCUAUCAAUGCAGAUCUCACGGUUGUUCCCAUCGUUGGCAUGGGGGGUCUGGGAAAGACCACAUUAGCUCAAUUUCUUUACAAUGACCCUGAAAUUCAGAAGCAUUUCAAUUUAUUGCUAUGGGUGUGUGUCUCUAACAACUUUGAUUUGGAUUCUCUGGCUAAAAGUAUAGUUGAAGCAGCUCCCGAGAAGAAUGGUGCAGAAGCAGCUGCUUCCACGAAGACGAAGACACCGCUGGACAACCUUCAGAAUGUAGUGGGCGGGCAAAGGUACCUUCUUGUAUUGGAUGAUGUCUGGAAACAAGAGGUUCAUAAAUGGGAGCAGCUCAAGGCCUGCCUUGAACGUGGUGGCAUGGGUAGUGUGGUCUUGACAACAUGUCGUGAUAAAGGAGUUGCGGAAAUAAUGGGUACUGUUGAAGCUUAUAAUCUCGGAGCUUUGGGAGGACAAUACAUAAAGGAAAUUAUUGAGACAAUGUCGUUCAGUUGUUUGAAGAAGGGAGAGGAAAGGCCAGCCGUGUUGAUGAAUAUGGUUGAUGAGAUUGUGGAGCGAUGUGCUGGCUCUCCUUUAGCUGCAAUGGCUCUGGGCUCCGUACUGCGUAACAAGACCAGUGAAGAAGAAUGGGAAGUUGUUUCAAGCAGAAGCAACAUUUGCACCAUGGAGUCUGGAAUCUUGCCGAUAGUACUAAAGCUCAGUUACAAUGACUUGCGGCCACAAAUGAAGCAAUGCUUUGCCUUUUGUGCUAUAUUUCCCAAAGCUUACGAGAUUGAUGUGGAGAAGCUGAUCCAACUAUGGAUUGCACAUGACUUUAUUAUCCAAGAAAAGCAAGUUCGUCUUGAAAACAUUGGCAAACAGGUUUUCAGUGAACUAGUCUCAAGGUCAUUCUUUCAGGAUGUGAAACAAGUCCAGACCACAAUCGGUGAAAUUGAACAGGACGGGGCGUGCUAUUUCAGAACUACAUGUAAAAUCCAUGAUCUUAUGCAUGAUGUUGCACUCUCUGUAAUGGAGAAGGAAUGUGCCUUGGCAACUGAGGACCCAGGCAAGAUUGGAUAUGUUGUCUCAACUGAGGAACCAAGUCAGAGUGAGUGGCUUCCAGACACGGCUCGGCAUUUAUUUUUGUCAUGCAGGGAACGAGGAAGAAAAUUGAAUAGUUCUCUCAAGAACAGUUCUCCAGCCAUCCAAACACUUCUGUGUGAUAGCUUUAUGAGCAGAGCAUUGCAUCAUUUGGCAAAAUACAGCUCCUUGCAAGCAUUACAGCUCCGUUUGUUGGGAUCAUUUCCGCUGAAACCAAAACGUCUGCAUCACCUGAGGUACCUAGAUCUCUCAAGAAGUUUAAUAAAAGCACUUCCUGAAGAUAUGAGCAUUCUAUACAACCUGCAAACGUUGAACCUCUCUGGCUGCAUAUCUCUUCGUGAACUUCCAAGACAAAUGAAGUAUAUGGCUGCCCUCCGCCACCUUUACACUCAUGGUUGUCCAGAGCUGAAAGGCAUGCCUAGAGACCUAAGAAAACUCACAUCCCUACAGACACUUACAUGUUUUGUAGCAGGUAGUGGCUCUAAUUGCAACAAUGUUGGAGAGCUCGGGAAUUUAAACCUCGGUGGUCAAUUAGAGUCACAUCAUCUAGAGAACGUGACAGAAGAAGCUGCAAAAGCUGCAGACCUCGUGAUGAAGAAGGAACUAACAGAACUGAUAUUAAAAUGGACUGUUGGAUCGGAUAACGUUCUUGAUGAACCUAGCAGUCGGGAUGAUGCAAAAGUGCUCGGGGAACUUAAACCUCAUGAUGGGCUGCAUGCUAUAAGGAUACACACCUAUGGAGGCACCACCUUUCCAACAUGGACAUCUAUGUUUCAAAACAUUGUUGUGAUCCAUAUUUCUCAUUGUAACAAACUGCAAUGGUUCUUUAGCGGUGACAUUAACACAUCCUUUGCAUUUCCAAAUCUGAAGGAGCUUACGUUGCAAGAGCUUGUCUGGUUUGAGAGAUGGUGGGAAAUAGAUAAUGGAACGCAAGGAGAAGUGGUGAUGUUUCCUCGGCUUGAGAAGUUGCGCAUUAGUCAGUGUGAAAAGUUGACAGCAUUGCCAGGGCAACCGACCUUCCCAAACCUCCAGAUCACUCGUAUUGAGAGAUGUCUAGAGUUGACAACUAGAGUUGAAUCACCAAAGCUCAGUGUAUUAAAGAUGGAAGGACGUGAUGUAUAGUUGUUUCAGUGGGUAGCAUAGCCUUGUGGACAGUACAGAAACAACCUCGGCGGCCGCUGAGCAUGGUUUGAGGGAAGUAGUGAUCAUGAUUUUCCUCUGACAGUUUUGGUGUUGCAAAAUUUUCAGCUAGGUGUAACAGACUUGUGUGCAUGUUCUGUACACCUUCAAGAAUUGUCAAUUUCGAAGUGCCAUGCGCUCCUCCACUGGCCAGAAAAAGAGUUUGAAGGAUUGGUAUCCCUGAGGAAGCUUGAGAUUCACCAAUGUGACAAUCUGACUGGAUAUUCACAAGCUUCUGCCGAGCCAUCAACAUCAUCAGAAACAAGUCAGCUCCUUCCACGUCUGUCAUGUGGGGCGUUGCGUACAGGCGCAGGCCACACGACCAGGAGCAACAACCGACGGCCACAAAUGGCGAGGCGUGAUCGGCGGCAGGAGGCGUGAUCCGUAUGCAUUGGUUCCUACAAUAAAGGAGUAGUUUGUUAGGCAUAGUUUCCUGUUUGUUAGCAGCCCAUGGGGCCUUUAUAUAUCAUGUAAUCAGCACUCUUUGACGAAAAGCAAUGAAUCAUUAUCUCCCA